CAUCACCUCACGCAGACCCUGCGUUGGGCUGUGCGUCGCGCAGGCGGGACGGCGGCCUGAAACCUAGGCCGGAGGUAGACCCGGGGCAGGCGAGGAUGGACGGAGAGAGACGGUCCGCGCCGGGCCCGCCCGCCGGGAGCCUGCUGGCCGACGGACACCUGGUCCUGUGGACGCUGUGCUCGGUGCUGCUGCCGGUGUUCAUCACGUUCUGGUGCAGCCUCCAGCGCUCGCGCCGGCAGCUGCACCGCCGGGACAUCUUCCGCAGGAGCCAGCACGGGUGGCACGACACGGACCUAUUCGGCCAGCCCACCUACUGCUGCGUCUGCGCGCAGCACAUCCUGCAGGGCGCCUUCUGCGACUGCUGCGGGCUCCGCGUGGACGAGGCCUGCCUCAAGAAGGCCGACAAGCGCUUCCCCUGCAAGGAGAUCAUGCUCAAGAGCGACGGCGGCGGCCCCGACGCCGCCAUGCCGCACCACUGGAUCCGCGGCAACGUCCCCCUGUGCAGCUACUGUGUGCUUUGCAAGCAGCAGUGCGGCUGUCAGCCCAAGCUCUGCGAUUACAGGUGCAUCUGGUGUCAGAAAACUGUACACGAUGAAUGCAUGAAGAACAGCUUAAAGAAUGAAAAGUGUGAUUUCGGAGAAUUUAAAAACCUUAUCAUUCCACCAAGUUACUUAACUUCCAUUCACCAGAUGCGUAAAGACAAAAAAACGGAUUAUGAAAUGCUGGCCUCUAAGUUUGGAAAGCAGUGGACCCCGUUAAUAAUCCUGGCCAACUCUCGCAGUGGAACUAAUAUGGGAGAAGGAUUAUUAGGAGAAUUUAGAAUCCUGUUAAAUCCAGUCCAGGUUUUUGAUGUAACAAAAACUCCCCCUAUCAAAGCCCUGCAACUCUGUACUCUUCUUCCCUAUUACUCAGCUAGAGUGCUUGUGUGUGGAGGAGAUGGUACUGUGGGCUGGGUCCUGGAUGCAGUUGAUGAAAUGAAGAUUAAGGGACAAGAGAAAUACAUUCCACAGGUUGCCGUCCUGCCUCUGGGAACAGGCAAUGAUCUGUCCAAUACGCUGGGCUGGGGUACCGGUUAUGCAGGAGAAAUCCCUGUUGCACAGGUCCUAAGAAAUGUAAUGGAAGCCGAUGGAAUCAAACUAGAUCGAUGGAAAGUUCAGGUAACAAAUAAAGGAUACUACAACUUAAGAAAACCCAAGGAAUUCACAAUGAACAACUAUUUUUCUAUUGGACCUGAUGCUCUCAUGGCUCUCAAUUUUCAUGCUCACCGUGAGAAGGCACCGUCUCUGUUUUCCAGCAGAAUUCUUAAUAAGGCUGUUUAUUUAUUCUAUGGAACCAAAGAUUGUUUAGUGCAAGAAUGUAAAGAUUUGAAUAAAAAAGUUGAGCUAGAACUGGACGGUGAGCAAGUCGAGCUGCCUAAUUUGGAAGGUAUUAUUGUUCUGAAUAUUGGCUACUGGGGCGGUGGCUGCAGACUCUGGGAAGGGAUGGGAGAUGAGACUUACCCUCUAGCCAGGCAUGACGAUGGGUUGCUGGAAGUCGUUGGUGUGUAUGGGUCUUUCCACUGUGCUCAGAUUCAGGUGAAGCUGGCAAAUCCUUUUCGAAUAGGACAGGCGCAUACAGUGAGGCUGAUUUUGAAGUGCUCAAUGAUGCCAAUGCAAGUAGAUGGGGAGCCCUGGGCCCAAGGACCUUGCACUGUCACCAUAACUCAUAAGACACAUGCUUUGAUGCUCUAUUUCUCUGGAGAGCAAACAGACGAUGACAUCUCCAGUGCUUCAGACCAAGAGGACAUAAAGGAAGCUGAGUAGCAGUGCCGUUAGCACAGCAUCUGCACAAACACACAGAUGCAUUCACAUCCACAAACAGAGAUUCUCCAGCUGCUAUUCUGUCCUAAUUUUCCUCAAAGUACCAUGGGCACACAUUUAUGUAAAUAGCAUUCCCAAACAGCCAGACUUCCAGUUACCACAACAGCAGCUGUUCUUUUGUUUAACAAGAUACUUUGAUCAUAUAUUACUAACUUUGAAGACAGUUACAUGGAGACAAAAUGCUUUUGAGAAUGGGGCUCACCCUGGAGUUGAUUUGCACUGUUUCAUUCCUUUCUGUUGAGUCACACAUUUGAUGGAAGGAUGUGAGUGGAAAGAUCACCUCUCUCUUGACUUUGAAUGGUAACACCUUACCAUUUUAAGAAUUAACUUGGAAAUGAUGCAUAUCAAACCAGCAAGGUUAAGAUGGAGCAUCCUCCUGUCCCAUGCUUCUUCAGAUUUCCCACAGCCCAACUGAACAGAUCCAGGAACUCCCUGAAGGAGCAGUGUCAAAGUAUGACAAUUCUGAAGACUACUAAAGUCAUUUUUAGACUAUAGAUGUUUUGUUAACCCCCUAAAUAACCAUGUUGAACUGAUAUUCAGGGUUUUUUUCUCCCCCUUUUUUGGUAGUACUAGGGAUUGAACACUGGUCCUCGUGGAGAAGGAAUUCUAGGCAUAUGCUCCACCACUGAGCUACUGCUGCCCCCCAGCCCUGCAUCUUUUUUUGUAUCCAAAGACAACUAUCCUGAGUUCAAGCUCUAGUACCACAAAAACAGGAAGGAAGGAGGGAGGGAGGGGAAGGAAGGAAGGAAGGAAGGACGGAAGGAAGGAAGGAAGGAAGGAAGGAAGGAAGGAAGGAAGGAAGGAAGGAAGGGAAGGAAGGGAAGGAAGGGAAGGAAGGGAAGGGACCAGGUAGGAUAAUUGGUCUAAAAUAAGAUUUAG